UUGGCUACGCGAAAUUUAUCGAAAUCGCCUGUUCUCACGCAUUGAGUUCCUUUUAUGUAAUUUAUCCGAGGCGGACUUCCAUUGGAUUCAAACAUUCCCGUCAAGGGUAUAGCUGCCCUGGUCAGACUGAUUCUACAAGCUCCCAGUUUCAGCAGAAAUUUUGAAAUUAUUUUCUUUCAUAUCUUAGCAUCUGGAUUACACAAAAGGCGGUGCAGACUGUACAGCGGACUCUUUUCAUUGCAGCCGGGAGCCAGAGAGUCUGGAGAUGAAUAAGUUGCGUCAGAGCCUUCGCCGGAAGAAGCCCACGUACGUGCCCGAGGCCAGCCGACCCCACCAGUGGCAGGCCGACGAGGAGGCGGUGCGCAAGGGCAAAUGCAGCUUCCCCGUGCGGUAUCUGGGCUUGGUGGAGGUGGACGAGUCCAGGGGAAUGCAUGUGUGUGAAGAGGCGGUGAAGAAACUCAAAGUUAGCGGGAAGAAAACGGUGAAAGCGGUGCUGUGGGUGUCAGCAGACGGCCUGAGGGUUGUGGACGACAAGACCAAGGACCUCAUUGUGGACCAGACCAUUGAGAAGGUGUCCUUCUGCGCGCCCGACCGCAACUACGACAAAGCCUUCUCCUACAUCUGCCGUGACGGCACCACCCGCAGAUGGAUAUGCCACUGCUUCAUGGCGCUCAAGGACUCGGGGGAGCGUCUGAGUCACGCCGUCGGCUGCGCCUUCGCCGCCUGCCUCGAGCGCAAACAGCGGCGCGAGAAGGAGUGCGGCGUCACCGCCUCGUUCGACGCCAGCCGCACGUCGUUUGUCCGCGAAGGCUCCUUCCGGGUGACGUCGGGCGGCCACCAUAACGAACAACAACUCCAGGAUAAGAAGAAAGAGCCGUGUGUGUCAGCCAUGCCGCCAGGCAACGCCUCGCCUCCAGAGGGCGCCGCGUCGCCAGGGGACCGCGGAGAGUCCCGCGCCGCCAUCCCGCGGCGCCAUGCCCCCCUGGAGCAGCUGGUGCGCCAGGGCUCGUUCCGCGGGUUCCCGGCGCUCAGCGGGAAGAACUCGCCCUUCAAGCGCCAGCUCUCGCUGCGCCUCAACGACCUGCCCUCCACACUACAGCGCAAGACCGACUUCCAGACCAAGAACCCAGUCCCUGAGAUGGACCUGACUGUGUCCGGAGAGGCAGACGGCAUCAACGCACUGUGCAGCCAAAUAAACAUGUCCUUCACCAGACCAUCCGAGGAACUGUGUGCCAAACCCUCCACAAAUGGCUUACCAGUCAGCACCAUCCCCCCUAUGAUCCCCCCUCCGCCUGCCCCCCUGCAGGCCACCACCUCGUGGGUGCAGACGGAGAGCCCAGCGCAGGCGCCCCCUGCUGGGCCCCAGGGGGGUCACAAGCGCACGCCCUCAGAGGCCGAGCGCUGGCUGGAGGAGGUCACCAAGGCGGUCAAGUCCACGCAGUCGACUCCGCCCCUGCCGCCUCCGCCCACCCAGCAGCCUCCUCCGGUGCCCACCCUGCCUGGUCCUCCGUUGCCCACCCUGCCCGGUCCGCCGGUACCCACCUUGGCGGGCCCUCCGAUGCCAACCAUGGCAUGCCAGCCGGGCUCCCUGCCCACGUCCAUGCAGCCGUUCCCGCUGGCGUUCGACGCCACCCCGGCGCCGGUCGGCAUGUUCGGCCAGCCGCCCCUCCAGCCUGCUUUCGUGCCCAUGCAGGCCUACAUGCCCACCUUGGCCAACAGCAUGACGUACCCCAACGCCAGCGUUCCGGUGGUGGGCAUCACCCCGUCCCAGAUGGUGGCCAACGUCUUCUGCACGGCGGCCGGGUCAGGCGGCGCCGCGGCCUGCAUGGGCGUCAACAUGGGGCCCAAGACCGGCGUGAUGAACGCCGGGCACCAACCGGCCUUCCCCAGCCUGCCCGGCGGCUACCCCGCAGUGCCCUUCACCACCACGCCAGUGGUCAACGGCCUCCCGCACAACCCCAUCAGCGUCACGUCCAACGGGGCCAAUCACUGCACGGGAGGCACCAGCAUGAGCAUGGCGGGCAGCCUUGGCAGCCUUGGUAGCCUGGGCAGCAUGGGCAGCAUCGGCAUCGGCGGCAGUGGUGGUGGCGGCGGCGUCGGCGGCAGCGGGGGCAGCGGGGGCAGCUGGCCCAUGGACGGCGCGCCGCCGCUGUCGGCCAAUCCGCCGGCUGACUCUCAGGAGGCCGAGCGCUUCGAGGCGAAGUGGGCGGCCCUCGAGUCCAAAACGCAGCCCAAAACAGCCAACCCCUUCUCCAACGACUUACAAAAGACCUUUGAGAUCGAGCUUUAACUGUGUCGAACAGUGCCAGGGGGAUGGGGGGUGGUGGGCUGGCCCCCGUCCCCAAAGCAAGACUGAAACCACUUUGCUCCACCACCCCCAUUCCCCCCCCCCCUCUCCCCCAUGCUUUUCCUUCUCCUGUGUAGAUUUUAUCCUCCUUUUUUUUCCAGUCUACCAAGAGAGUUUCCAGCA